AGAGUAGUGCCAUUGAAGUGAGUCAUCUAACGACGUGACCUGUAGAAGUAGCACUGAAGUUCACGUAGUCGCCAAAAUCAGUUCAUCAAAGUCCAGAGCGGUACACUCAUCACUGCCGUGAGUCACUGCUGUAGGGACAGGACUAAACCUACGAGAGCACCGAGUUCACUGAAGAAAAGUAGGUGCUUCACAGAUUUUUUUUUCUUCUUAGAACAUCUCAGUAGCGAUGAUUUUUAGGCAUUAGAUUUACACUGGAGCAUCUUUUUAUUGGACUGUUAAGAGAAUUCAGAAUUUGAGAGCGUUGACUUCUCCAGUAAUAUAAUAUCACACAGCCUGGAUUUAACAUAAUGACCAUUAAGAAGUAUUUUGGAUUUCAUUUUUAGAUUAGGUAAAAGGCAUCGCUUUGCUUGGAAGUGCUUUUUUGCCACUGAAGACACUCUGAUCGUGUGGGAAUUGAUUAUCAACCUUCUGAAAUCUCCCCCUCUUUCCCUGGAUCAUGUACCAGGAUUACAUCGGGACAUACGACACAUCCUCCCGCGGAAGCAGCAGCUCACCGGCGCACCCGGACACCAGCCCCAUUCCCGCCUCGAACUACCAGAAGUACAGAGUAGACAUGCCUGGCUCUAGCAGUGCCUUUAUUCCAACAAUAAAUGCCAUAACGACCAGUCAGGACCUGCAGUGGAUGGUUCAGCCCACAGUAAUCACAUCCAUGUCUAAUCCAUAUUCCCGGCCUCACCCAUAUGGCCUUUCUGUGUCUAGUGGCCCGAACCUCCUCGGCCACACAGCCCUCACACGGCCCGGGGUCAUCCGGUCCAUCGGUGACACACGUGGGCGACGCAAGCGAGACGAGCAGCUCACCCCAGAGGAAGAAGAAAAACGGAGAGUUAGACGAGAAAGAAACAAACUAGCUGCAGCAAAAUGUCGGAACCGCAGAAGAGAACUGACCGAGAUGCUGCAAGGGGAGACAGAGAAGUUAGAGGAGGAGAAGGGUGACCUGCAGAAAGAAAUCGAGACCCUGCAGAAGGAAAAGGACAAGUUGGAAUUCAUGUUGGUGGCCCACAACCCCGUGUGCAAACUGCCCCCUGAAGAACGCCAUCAGAGCUCGCACUCCCAGCAGUGUGCGCCCCUCCCUCUGACCAUGCGCUCCAACCUUGGUCCCCGGCGACCGAUGAAUACCCUCAACCCAGUCGUGGUUAAACAGGAGCCUUUGGAAGAAGACGACGACGAUGAGGAAGAAGGAAAAGCCCAGCAUUCAGUCAUUAAGCCCAUCUGCCUAGGUGGCGGCAUGUAUUGUUCUGAUGGAGACAGCCUCAACACGCCUGUGGUGGCUGCUUCCACCCCGGUGUCCACCCCGAGUAACCCAAGCCUCAUCUUCACCUACCCCAGCAUACUUGAGCCCGAGAGUCCUUCGCCCUCGUCGGAGUCCUGCUCCAAAGCCCACCGUCGUAGCAGUAGCAGCGGCGACCAAUCCUCAGAUUCCCUAAAUUCUCCCACCCUGUUGGCGCUUUGAAGGAAACGUUCUUGACCAUUCUCGUGGAUCGCCGGAGCACCCUCAGCUGCGAUUUGAGUGAGGACUUCACCUCAGCAAAGCUGAGAACCCUCAAGGGCUAAUUUGCUCAUUUUGAUUUAAACGUUUCAGAAGAGAGUUUUUGUUGUCAUUGUUGAAAUGUAUGUGCAAAUUCCACUCGCUGUUUCAGCUACAAAUAGUGCUGAGUUUCUGGAAUGAAGACGAAAAAAGCGGGAGUACAGAUUUCAUCUUUCAUCUUUAGCGAGACUCAGAGCAACUUUCAGUCGGCUGCCUGUACAGAAGAGCAAGAUAUUUCCUGCUGGCUGUCUAACUUAAUUCUUGAUAGGUACAAAAUAAGAUAUUGGACACUACGGUAGAUUGCUGCCCUCAAAACAUCAUCUUUGUAUUUGUGACGUCUGAUUAUUGUCUCUUUGUACUUUGUGUCCUGCUGUUUAUAAUAUUUAGGGUUCACUGGAUGAGCCUCACUGCUGAGUGUCGAAAGAACCAUCUUGUAUAAUAAAAUGCUGACCAUUGAUGAUAUUUUGUAUAUGUGGCGCAAGCACUAAGAUAAUUUGCCAAAUUUACAUAGCUUUUGUUUUGUAAAGCAAAUAAACAAACAAACAAACACUUUCUAGCAUCAGCGAAUCUACUGUCAGGGAUUGUGUCAGUGAGCCAUAAGCAUUACUAGAAGCAAUUGCACAGAGAACACAAUAUAACGGUGUACAUGAGGGAUACUCUAGCCAUAUUAGGCUCUGCCUCUAACCCUGACAUGGCAAUACCGCUUUUGUAUUGGCGCACACUGUGGUUUUCAAACAAUAAUAAUAAUAAUAAUAAUAAAAAAAGAUUACUUUUAUAAUAUGUACUUUUAUGUCUUGAUUGGCCCUUUUUUCAGGGUACAGAUUAAACUGAAUCAUAUAUCAGCCAUAUGAGCACUUCUCCCUGAAACACUGGUUGGCUUUUUUUGCCACACUUGGGAACAGAUGCUCUUUGUCAGCAACCUUACAAUCCAAGUAAAACGCCAUUCUUUCCAGUGAUGGAUUAAACAGGGAACACAAAAUGAUUUUGAACAUUUGAUGCAAAAGGUGAGUGUGGUGUGACACUGACACUGAUCAGACGCUGAAGAAAAGACACACGUUGCAAUAUUUCUUGAAAAAAACAUUCCUUGAAAUAGAAGACUGAACUUCAGAGAGAUCUCAAGGUUACUGUUGCCACAGUCAGAUUAUAACUGAGGGUGAAUGUGAGUAUUUUGUUGUACAGGAUGCAGCAAAAUGAAACAAAACAAAACAAAACAAAUGUGGCUUCUGUUUGAAGGACUUUGUUGCUUUAUUUAUGUCAGCAACUUUCAAGGAUCUAGCAGAUAAUUUCAGUGUUUGUUAAAUGGAGUAUGAGAGAUUAUAGUUGCAAAAACAAAUUUAAUACCGAAAAAAAGACAAUGUUUAAGGACUGCGUGCUGUAAACUGUUCUCUGUUGGUCUUUGAAACCUGUGUGAUUUGAGCAAGCCAUCUGUACAGCUUUCUGCACAUGUCCUGCUUAUAGGUGUGUAUUCUCUCUCUCUCUCUCUCUCUCUCUCUCACUCUCACUCUCUCACUCUCCCUUUAUUGCUUUAACUGUUAAAAGACAGAAAACAACCUACAAAAACAGCAAUAUGUAAGGCAGUGUUGUUCCUUUGAUAAUACAUUUAAAUUUAUUAUUAUGAUAAUAAAACCAUUUCCAAAGUGGUAUUUUUGGAUAGUCGUAUUUUGUUGUGCACAGUGUUUUGCGUAUGUUGGAUAUCUCAUUGUUACAAUGUGGUUGCUUCUGUGUUUCUUUGAGUCAAUCACAAGAUGGUUGAAUGCACCUGCAGUUAUUCCUUCAUCUACAAUUUCUUAAUCAAAGAUGCAGAUUUAUUCAUCCUAAUUUUGGUCUGCGAACCUAAAUCUGUCAUUUACCUUUGAUAGACAUCUUUGCUUUGUCACUCUGACAGUAAUGACAAUGUAAGAAAUCAAGAAUACUUGCUUUGUAAAAUACGUAAAAUAUUUCAUAAAUCUUGCAUGGUGGUGUAGAGGAAAACAAAUAAGCAUGUACAUACAUGUACUCUAUGUACAGUUUUAAAUACAAUACUUCCUGCUCAUAGUUCAUCAGUGCUUCUGCUGUAGUUCUGGUUAUCAAACUGCACUUUAUGUAAAAACUAAUAUUUAAAUUUGUAUGUAAGGAUGCUAAUUUGGCCAUAAAAAUCAGGGUUUGUUACUCAAUAUUCAUUUCAAAUGUCAAAACUGAUGUUUUGGUUAAAGGUGCAUUCAUUAUCUUGCAUUACUAUGAAUGGAUGACCCAUUGUCUCAUUCCACCAAAUCAAAUU